AUGUCCUCCACCCUGUCGGCUAUCCUGCCGUUUAUCGGUUGGGGAUUCCUUCCCGGCUAUGCCACGUCCUUCCUCCAGAGCAUCUACUAUGGCCUCACCAUUCGCGCCGGCCAGCCACGACCCGCGCCACAGUCCCCCCGCUACCAGCGCCAUCGCCGCCGGAUCUACAUCGUCGUGAUUGUCAGCUAUCUCUUGUAUACACUGCUCGAGACUUUCCGCCAAGUCCAGCGCGAUGGGGACUUCUACGAAGUGCUAGAGGUGUCGCCCUUUGCCGAGGAGCGCAUCAUCAAGUCGCGGUUCAGAAAACUCGCUGCGCAGCACCAUCCAGACAAAACGGGGUUCGACAGUGAGUCCGAUGCGUAUUUCCGCUUCCUGCGGGGCGCGCAGGAGACCCUCGUGGACCCCGUCAAGCGCUUCGCGUAUGACCGGUUCGGGCCUGAUAUGCAGAAUUGGGGACCUCAGAAGACUAUGCGGGACUAUAUCAUGACAUCGAUCACUCGCUCGAUUUUCCCGCAGUAUUUCGGUGGUUUGCUCGUUAUGAUGGUGUUGAACUGGUUCUGGUGGUCGAAUCAAGGGCGCUAUUGGCGCUACUACACCUUGGCCGCGAUGCUCACGCUCGAACUAUUCGUCAUCACUCAUCCGCAAGCCGUGUUCAUGCCGGGAGCCUACCUCCCCGGCGCACUACAGUCAUGGUUCCCCGGCGCAACACGGUACCUACUUCCAUUCCAGAUCUUGACCCUAGCCCGACGCGCCUCGAUCACCAUGCACAUUUUCAUCUCCCAAAUCGGACCGCGCAUUGACCCAGCUACCGGCAACGGCGAGAAGCUGUCCCAGCAGACCAUGCAGCGGCUGGGCCAGGUGGUGGCGCUGUCGCGCGCGGCAGACGUCGAGGCCACCCGCACACUGCAGCUGGGCCUGGUGCCGUUCCGCGGCGAUCGCGAGAUUGUGUCGACGCUGCGCCGCGGCAUGAAGGAGGGGCUGAUCCUGGCUGGCGUGCGAUCCAGCCCGGAGGUGCAGGGGGCUGUCGCGCAGGUGAUGGAGCGGCGGAAGGCUGAGAAAGCAGAUUGA